AUGGGGCGGCGGCGGCGCCGGGCGGACCGGGCAGAGGGCGCCGCGGGCCUGCCCGAGGCCAUCGCCGCUCUGAGUCGGACGCUGCCCGAUGGGCCCAGCCCCGAGACCUUCCGCCGCGCCAAGUUCGACCGUCCGGAGGCGGCGCCCGCGCUCUGGCGGCUGCUAUUGCGCCUGCUCAGCCCGCCGCCCGCCGCCGGCGCCGCUGCGGCCCCGGAGGCCGAAGCCCGCCUGGUGAAGGCCGCGCUGCGCCGCCAGGGCUACCCGCGGCGGGCGCUCGCGCGGCUCCCCGAGGACGGCUCCCAGGGCAGCCGGGAGCUGCUGCUGGCCGUGGCCUGGCUCCUGGCCCGCGGGCCCCUGCUCCAGCGGCUGCUGACCCGCACCCGCGUGCGGCUGGGCGACGAGGUGCCGCUGUGCCAGUGUGAGGCCCUGGCCAGCCCCGGCUCUCCCGCACCCCACGCGGACGCAGACGGCCCCGUGGACGCCCGCCGCCUGCAGUGGCUGACGGGGAAGCUGCGGCUCCGGCGGCGCGCCCUGGCGGCCAGCCAGCGGGAGCAGUGCGCCCUCCUGAGCAAGAUCCACUCAUAUACCCGAGGUUGCCAUAGCGACCAGAGCCUUGGCCACCUGUCAGUUGCUGAAACGGAGCUGCUCAGGGACCCGGAGGGCGGCCGGCAGCUGCUUCGGAGGCUGGAGAGUGAGAACGCGCGUCUGGAGGCCUUUCUGCAGUGGCGACGCCGCGAGCUGGUCUUCUGGCAGUGGAUGGACUCGGUGCUGGGCGCGAGCGCCCCGGAGGCCUCAGAGCCCACACUUCUGCCUGAGAUUCCCCAGCGUGGGGCUGGCCAGCUGGACCUGCUGUGCGGGGAGCUGCAGGCGCUGCAGGCGGAGCUGCAGGGCGUGGCGCUGCCCCGGCGGGCAGCCUGGGAGGCCGGGGUGAGGACGGGGUGCGAGGGCCCUCUGUGCGGUUUGCGCUCUGGCGAGCGAGGGUGUGUGGGGAGGCCCCCCGGCUUCUUGAGGGACCCCCUUGGAGGUGCCGCUGUUCUCCUGGGGACUCUGCUGGCCCCAGCCCCUUCCCUGCCCUGUGACCUGUGGGGCCUUGCGGGGCCUGCUGCGGCGCUGUCUCUGCUCCCGAGGCGUUUCCGAGUCCGCUGCUGGCGUGGGCCCCCCAGCGAGUCCCAGGGGCCGCGGAGGGCAGGGGUCCCCGGCCUGCUGCCCCGUCGUGGGGGACGGGAACCCCUCAGGAGGAAUGAGGCUGGCUUGUCCUGCAGGGUCUCCCAGGUCUUGCGGGGGCCUCGGAGCUGGUCCCUGGGGCUCGGGAGGUUCCUAGGCCAGCGAGUGCAAACCGCCCCCCCCGCAGCUGGUCUGCACUCCGGGCUCUGGCUCCCAGGGACUGGCCCACUGGGGGCAGCCUGGCCUCCCUCGCACCUCCCCCCCAGGCCUGCAGCCGCGGGUCCUAAGGGAGGGAGCCUGCAGGCUGCCGUCCUGUCCCUGCCACCCUCGCCUGGCUCAGGCUCAGGCCCUGGUGAAGGGGGUGUGGGGUUAGGGCGCCCCCUCUCUCUGGGCGGUCGAGGGGUCCCCGGAGCACUCACAGCCCUCUCCCCGCAGGCUGCAGCCAGGGCCCCGGAGCGGAGAGCCUCGCGGCGGGUCGUGCGGGAGGCCGUGGCUCAGGAGCUGGAGGCCCUGCGGCGGGCCUGGGGGCAAGGCGGGGCUCCGGGCCUGCCCCAUGGGCCCUGCAGGCUGGUGAGGAGCUCGACCACGGCGCCCGGGGGCCUACGGGCAGCCCAGGUGAUCGGGGUGCUGAGGAGCAGGGUGGCCUGCCUGGAGGCGGAGCUGCGGCAGCUGCGGGGAUGCUGUGUGCAGGAGCUGGCCGGGCUGGCGGGGGCGCUGCCUGGUCUCCUCUGGAUCCCGCCACCUGGCCGCCGAGGGCCCCGUCACGGGCCUGGGGGCUCAUCUGGGGGAGCCACCCCGAGUACACAGUGAUGGGCCGGUGGUGGUGUCCCUGCGGGAGCCCGUCUCCAAGGCCGGGCCGCCCAGCUGCUGGGGAACUACGGGCCUGUCCUGUGCGCUGCCCGCCUCCCCCCGGGGCAGUGUGCGUGGGCACCAGAGGGAGCGGGGUGUCUGCUGCUUCCUGGGGCGAUGCUUUGGGGAUGGGGGCAUGUGGACAGAGGGGCCACUGUUCCUAGGCGGCUGGGGCAACAAAGAGCCGUCUGUGUGGGGACCUGCCCGGCCUGCCGCACGGCCACGCUCUGCCGGGGCUGGCCCAGGCAGCCUCAGCCCUGCCUAGCGCCAGCCUUCCCCAGGGAUCGGACCCUGGCCUGCUGGGCACCUGUCCAGCCUCAGCACCUGGAGGGCCAGCCUACCGGGACCUUCUCUUGGGCCAAGCCACCCAGGGGCCUGCGGCACGACCCCUCACAAGGGCAGCAGCUGCCGGCCCAGGUGCCUUCGCCCCAGUGGACACCCACCGCCUCUGUGGUCCCUGCAGGGACACGCCCCUGACCACUCCUCCAGCGUCCCCGGCCGGUCUGUCUCUGCGGCAGCGCUCCGUCAAGCCCUGGUGCCCUCCUGGGGCACACAGCAGCUCCUCCUGGCCCUGCUGGGUGCUGCCGCCCUUCUUUUCCUGCACAUGGUGCUCUGCCCGCUCCGAGGGCCCUCGGGAGCCUGAUUUCCGGAGAGCCAAGUGCCAGCUCUGUGUCACGGUUCACCUGGCCUGUAGCCGCAGUACGACUCUGGCAGAACCCUGAGUGUGUCGUGUGUCUGAGGGGCCCCGGCCUCUCCCUUCCCCGACGCAUGGAGGUGCCGGGAGGCCCAGGGCCCAGCCCCCUGGGCAGGCCGCCCCCUCCACCUGCCUGCCCACCCUGUCCACCUGCCUGCCCACCCCCUCCACCUGCCUGCCCAUCCCCGCCUCGAGCCUGUCCGCCCUGCGGCCAGCACCUCAGUCCAGGCCCGCUGUGUAGGGACAGAUGGGCUCAGGGCCCUGGCCACGCGCUCAGUCUCAGGGCAGCCGGAGUGCGGCCAGCCCGCCUCGGCCUACUGGGGAUGAGGAUAGUGCAGGGCCCCGCCGUGGAGGGGCAGAGAAUGCCCGCUGGAACGGAGGCCGGACCACCAGGGAGGGGCCUCCCGAGACCAUCAGGUUUCCUCAGAACCAGAAACCGCCGGCUGGCAACACGCCAGACAGGAGCCGAGCAGGGGAGGCGAGCAGGGGUGCAGCAUCAGGGAUUCCUGGCAUUAAGAAUUGGUGGCGAGGGGCCUCCCGGUGGCCUGGGGGUCAGUCUCAGGUGGUCACUGCAGCAGCGUGAGUGUGACCCCCGGCCUGGGAGUGACCCACAGGCGCAGCAGACCCUCCCGUCUCCCCGCUGCUCUUCAGCAGUGGGUUUCAGUGGAUCCACCUGUUCUGCUCCCUGCUCUGUCUCUGGGGAGUCGUCUCACCCCGCACUUCUGGCCUGCACCCCAGUUCGUCUAUGCAAAAAUUAAAAAAAAAAAUUCUUAAAAAAACCACCAAGAGCCUGCGGGAGAGAACAGGGCAGUCUCCCGGGGGACGGGGCUGAGCGAGCGCGGCGCUGGGGUGGCACAAAGCCCUGGGCCGGGGCCUGGCCACCUCCCGGGCCAUGAGUCAGAAGCCUCUGAGAAUCUUGAAACGGCAGCACCUUGCGGGUUGCGAUCCCGUGGGGGGAAGGGGAACCCGCG